GGUAACCAGGGAACAGGCUUGAAAGAGAUGAGAGUUGACUGAGCAGAUCGGAGGUGGCAGCGUCACACUGUCCAGGGUCCUGAUCACUGAAUUGGUUGUGUCGCCAGGGUCUCUGCACGCUUGUCGCCGGAUGGAGCCGCAUUCUAGCUGUUCUCAAACAAAGUCACUAAGCAUGUGUGAAAGAUUUUCCAAGGCAGAGCAUGACAUAGAAACAACUCAUGGUGUGGUCCACGUCACUGUAAGAGGCUUCCUGAGGGGAAACAAACCAGUUAUACUGACGUAUCAUGACAUUGGCCUCAACCAUAAAUCUUGUUUCAACACAUUCUUUAACUUUGAGGAUAUGCAAGAGAUCACCCAGCACUUUCCUGUCUGCCAUGUGGAUGCCCCAGGCCAGCAAGAAGGUGCCCCUCCUUUCCCAACGGGGUACCAGUAUCCGACGAUGGAUGAGCUGGCCGAAAUGCUGCUUUCUGUUCUUACCCAGUUAGGGAUGAAAAGCGUCAUUGGAUUUGGAGUUGGAGCUGGAGCUUAUAUCCUCAGCAGAUUUGCACUCAAUCAUCCAGACCUUGUGGAAGGCCUUGUUCUCAUCAAUGUUGACCCAUGUGCUAAAGGCUGGAUUGACUGGGCAGCUUCCAAACUCUCAGGCUUGACAACCAAUAUUGUGGACAUUAUUUUGGCUCAUCACUUUGGACAGGAGGAGUUGCAGGCCAACCUGGACCUGAUUCAGACCUACAGACUGCAUAUUGCCCAAGAUAUCAACCAGGAAAACCUGCAGCUCUUCCUGGGUUCCUAUAACGGACGCAGAGACCUGGAGAUUGAAAGACCCGUACUGGGCCAAAAUGAUAACAGAUUAAAAACGUUAAAGUGUUCUACACUUCUGGUGGUGGGGGACAAUUCACCUGCAGUUGAGGCUGUGGUUGAAUGUAAUUCCCGUCUGAACCCUGUAAAUACAACUUUGCUAAAGAUGGCGGACUGCGGCGGGCUGCCCCAAGUCGUUCAGCCUGGGAAGCUCACGGAGGCCAUCAAGUACUUUUUGCAGGGAAUGGGCUACAUCCCGUAUGUGCAGCUCAGUCACCUGAGCACCGAGUCAGUACCAGCUGCCAGCAUGACCCGCCUCGCCCGAUCUCGAACUCACUCCACCUCGAGUAGCAUCGGCUCUGGAGAGAGUCCCUUCAGCCGGUCUGUCACCAGCACUCAGUCAGAUGGAACUCAAGAGUCCUGUGAGUCCCCUGACGUCCUGGAAAGACACCAGACCAUGGAGGUGUCCUGCUAAGCAGUUGCUCCUAGCCUGGACCAUGCAAGUCUGUCCUCCUUCAGAUGACCACUCCACACGAUAACAUUUCAUCCAGUAAACUGACCUCGGCUAUCUUUAACUCAUGCAUGGCCACUGAACCUCUCUCGUAGCCUGGAUUUACCAUCCUCUCUGC